GGGGGAACUGAGGCACAAGCUCUUGCCGGCAGCGGGAGGGACUCAGGCAACCGGCAGGGGUUCAGCUUUGGGGUUUUGGGGGGGUUUAAACUUCUGCUUAUGUAACUGUGCCCCCGGUGCCAGCCCAGCCCGUGCCAGGCUCCGCCGUGGCCCCCGCGCCAGCGCCCAGAUUAGCUGUUCCCGCCGGGACGGAUCCUGCUGUCCCUGGGCCACCGCCAGGCCCUCUCCCCUCCCUGCGCCCGUCCCCAACCCGUCUGCAUCCCAUCUGCAUCCCGUCCCCAUCCCUGUCCCAUCCCAUCCCAUCCCAUCCCAUCCCUUCCCCAUCCCGUCCCCAUCCCAUCUGCAUCCCAUCCCCAUCCCUGUCCCAUCCCAUCCCCAUCCUGUCCCCAUCCCUGUCCCAUCCCAUCCCCAUCCCUGUUCCAUCCCAUCUGCAUCCCGUCCCCAUCUCUGUCCUCAUCCCUGUCCCAAUCCCAUCCCCAUCCCUGUCCCCAUCCCACCCCCAUCCCAUCUGCAUCCCAUCCCCAUCCCUGUCCCAUUCCUGUCUCCAUCCCUGUUACCCAUUUCGUCCCCACCCGUGUCCCCAUCCCAUCACAUUCCGUCCCCAUUCCCAUCCCAUCUCUGUCCCAUCCCAUCUGCAUCCCGUCCCCAUCUCUGUCCCAUUCCUGUCCCCAUCCCUGUUACCCAUUUCAUCCCCACCCGGCCUGGAGGCCGUCCCAUUCCAUCCCCAUUCCUGUUAGCCAUUUUGUCCCCACCCCCGUCCCUAAGCCACCCCAUCCCAUUCCCAUCCCUGUCCCCAACCUUGUUCCCAUCCCUGUUCCCCAUUUCACCCCCAUCCAUGUCCCAAUUCCAUCCCCAUCCCCGUCCCCGUCUCAUCCCCUUCUCCCCCCUGCUGUCUGUCCUCCUAGAGCUCUGGAACACGUGGGAUUUGGGCACUUUAAUCCCCCCCUCCCCAAAAAAUCCAUAAGCGGGUCCCAUCCUGCCCCUUAUCCCAAGGAGCUGGGAGCUCUGCUGAGGUCCAGCACCCUCAGCUCACUGGUGACGGAGGAACCGGAGGGAGCCCCAUCCCAAUCCCAUCCCGGGGGACAUUCCCCUGGGACACACAUUGUGUGUGUGGGGGGUUCCCAACCAGGACACCCACAUCUGGAGAUGGAGGGGAGGGGGGGGGGCAAAAACUUCAGGCCGUAGGAGCCAGGAUUCCCGUCCCCCCCGUUUCGAGGAGGACGGAACAUCAUUGCUCAUCUCCGGCGUCCAGCCGCGUCCCCCCCGGGCGCUGGCGCUAACCUGGUUAUCCGCGAUGGAUGGCACCGUCCCCAGCGCUCGGCGCGGCCCCCCCAGCCCGGCCGGGGUUAUAAAGCGGGCGCCGCCACCCCCGCCACCGCCGCCCCUCGCCAUGAGCAGCUUGGCCGCCCUCCGCGAGGGCUACGAGCGCUUCGACCCCCGCGCCUACCUGCACAACAACUACCUGCCCCCCCGCGCCGACUUCUCCUCCGAGGAGUUCGUGGUGCCCUGGAAGCUGCGAUGUCUGGCCGAGACCUUCGCCAGCGGUGAGAUCCAGGGGCGGACGCUGAUCGACGUGGGUUCGGGUCCCACCAUCUACCAGCUGCUGAGUGCCUGCGACCACUUCGAGGAGAUCGUGGCCACCGACUACCUGGCGGUGAACCGGGAGGAGCUGGGGCGCUGGGUGCGGGGGGACCCCGGCACCUUCGACUGGACCCCCUUCAUCCGCCACGUCUGCAAGAUCGAGGGGCGCGGGGAGCCGUGGCAGGAGAAGCAGCGCCGGCUGCGCCAGCGCCUGCGCCGGAUCCUGCCCAUCGACGUGCACCAGCCGGACCCCCUGGGCGCCCCCCUGCACCCCAAAGCCGACGCCAUCAUCUCGGCCUUUUGCCUGGAGGCCGUGAGCCCCGACCGCGCGGCCUUCGCGCGGGCCCUGGCGCACGUGGCGUCGCUGCUGCGCCCGGGGGGCCACGCGCUGCUGCUGGGGGCCCUGGGCGAGUCGUUCUACCUGGCGGGGGCCGCGGCGCUGCCGGUGGUGCCGCUGGCGGAGGACGACGUGUGGGCGGCGCUGAGGGACGCGGGGCUCGGGCUGCGCGACUUCCGCUCGUACGCCAUGCCGCCCGCCCUGCGCACCGGCGUGGACGACGUGGACGGCGUGUUCUUCGCCCACGCGCAGAAGGCGCUGGAAGGAUGAGGGACCACCCCCCCCCCCCAAAAAAAAACCAGGGGUACCCCCCCCACACACACCCAAACAGGGACAUCUCCCCUAAGAGGAACCGCCCCCUAAGGACGGACACCCCCCCAAAUAGGGAUAUCCCCACAAAGAGGGACACCACCCCCCGCCCCCAAAAAGGGACCACCCCCUAAAGAAGGGCAGUCCUCCCAAGAGGGACACCCCCAAACAGGGACACCCCCAAACAGGGACACCGCCAAACAGGGACACCCCCCCAAAAGGGACCACCCCCUAAAGAGGGAACCCCUCCCCAAGAGGGACACCCCCAAACAGGGACACCCCCAAACAGGGAACUCCUCCCCAAGAGGGACACCCCCAAACAGGACACCCCCAAAGAGGGAACCCCUCCCCAAGAGGGACACCCCCAAACAGGACACCCCCAAACAGGGACCACCCCCUAAAGAGGGAACCCCUCCCCAAGAGGGACACACCCAAACAGGGACCACCCCCCAAGGAUGGACACCGCCCAAAACAGGGAUAUCCCCACAAAGAGGGACCACCCCCUAAAGAAGGGUAGUCCCCCCAAGAGGGACACCCCCAAACAGGGACCACCCCCUAAAGAGAGACACCCCCAAAAAUGGACAUCUCCUAAUGAAGGGCAACCCCCUGCAAAUAGGGACCCCUCCCCAAACAGGGACACCCCCAAACAGGGACCACCCCCUAAAGAGGGAACCCCUCCCAAAGAGGGACAUCCCAUAAAGAAGGACAACCCCCCGCAAAUAGGGACCCCUCCCCAAACCGGGACACCCCCCCAGACAGGGACCACCCCCACCAAGGAGCGACAUACCCCCCCAAAGAGGGACAUGACAUCCCCCCCCACCAAGAAGGACCACCCCCUAAGGAUGGACACCCCCCCAAACAGGGAUAUCCCCACAAAUAGGGACCACCCCCUAAAGAAGGGCAGUUCCCCCCCAACAAGAGGGACACCCCCAAACAGGGACACCCCCCCAAAAAGGGACCACGCCCCCAAAGAGAGACAAACCUCGCAAAUAGGGACCCCUCCCCAAACAAAGACACCCCCCCAAAGAGCGACAUACCCCCCCAAAGAGGGACACCCCCUAAAA